AGCAAUAUCUCCUAGGAGAAUGUCGCAGGAAAUAUUGCAAAUUAUAGUGCCAGCAAUAUCUCCUACAAAAGCCUUUAAUGGAUGAUAAUAUAAUAUAUUUGGUUUUUAUGUUUUCCUUGUUGACUUUCAGGUGAUGAUUUCUGAAUUUCGAGAAAAUGAAGUCUUAUGUUGGCUUGACCUGAACGAGACUGGAAUUUGCCCUUCCCUGUUACUAAUUCACCUAGAAUAUAACUACAUAAAUCUUCACAUGGAAGCACUAUUCGAUGCAAUUACAUUGAACGACAUCAUAGAAAACCAUACAAUCCCUGAACCAUAUCGUCGGCCAUUUUGUCUGUAUAUUUACAAAGGAUUGUUGAGUGCAGUUAAAACAAUGCACGAUGAAAACUGGACUCACAGAGAUCUUCACGCUGGAAACGUGAUGAUACAGAAAAACACAAGUUCAGGCAAACUAGAUAUAAAGUUUUUAGAUUUUGGAACAGCAAAACAAAUUUACGAUGAAAAAGAGGGUGUCGAUUAUACUGGCAGAGACGACGACAUUCUACAGAUAGUUCGACUUUUCAGCGCAUUGUAUACAGGACAGCUAUUUGAAAGCGCUUUCGAUCUGAAGGAAAACUACAAAUCCGAGUUAGAUGAGGCGGCCAAGAGUCUAAACUUUUCAUAUGAUGAACUAGCUGAACUCUUCCAACUGGUGGAGUUAGCAUUAACUUGGCAAGAGGAACACAGCAGAGUUGUUACACAAAUACAGAUGAUAGUCCGACAGUGGUGACAAUUGAGCAUCUCAUUUCAGUGAUAGAGAAGAAACUCAAAUCAGAGGAUAUUGACAAAAUGUUUAAAGAGGUGACAGCCAUUUUGUUCCCAGAAAGUGAAUAUCAUAAUCUCCACACAAACAGUGAUUUAGGGUCAACGGGUUCUGCUUUGCCGCCCAACGCCGCCACCUCAGGGACUGUGAAGAGGACCGAAGAGGCACCUGCCCCAACAGAACCGACCACACCCACGACGGAACCAGACGACUUAGACACAGCCCCACCGGCUCCACCGGCCCCACCGGCCCCACCGGCCAACUCGUCUACAUGUCCAGCCCGGAAGGCAGCUGUUCACAAUCAGAAGGCAACCGCCCCCCCCGGGCGGCCAACCAGUCAAACCAAGCCGACCGUCUUCACAACCGCUGAAACCAGACAUGCAGCAAGAUGAAGACCGGUCACUGCAGGCCGGCCGACAACGCCAGCGCUUUGUUGGUUUACCAGAGAAUAGGCCUAUUGAUGAAUUGAGUAAAAAGCCGACAGCCAUUUUCUUCCCGGGUUCUGCUUUGCCGCCCAACGCCACCACCCCAGGGACUGUGAAGAGGAUCAAAGAGGCACCGGCCCCACCGGCGACACCCGUCAAGCCGCCGGCCCGGAAGGCAACCGCCCUCCCCCCGGGCGGCCAACCAGUGAAGCCAAGCCAACCGUCUUCACAACCGCCGAAACCAGACAUGAAGCAAGCUGAAGUAGGGUCACUGCAGGCCGGCCGACCAGACCAGCGCUUUGUUGGUUUACCAGAGAGUGACCCAUAUGCAGAUGAGAUUGAAUGAGCCUAUAUGGAGAAGAUGAUUUUGAGAUCUUGGAUGAUAUUGAUUAGUACAAGCCAGAGAACACUGGCACUACUUAUUACAAUGACAACGAUAACGCUAUGUGACUGUCUGUAGAUCACCUGAAGAGUUUGAGCUCUAAUGACAUUUGUAUAAAGACAAUUGUAGAAGACGAUUAUCCCGGCUGGGAUUUUGACAUAGCACGUAGAAAGUUUAUUGAUGCUUAUGCUUACUUUGAUGAUGCUUCUUUGAUUGAUAUUAUGUCUUGUUGUAAUUUUACUUACUUCACCGGUGAAGAUUUUAAAUGUCUUGCAAGAUUCUAUUUGGUUUUUUAUGUGUUUUGAGUUUGGUGUGGCAGUUUAGCAUGCUAUAUUGUCAGAAGUAGCUCUGACAGAAUCUUACUUUUUUUGCAUGUGACACAGAACAGAACAUUGCUCAAUACUUCAAAUCGUUCCAGCCAUGAUUCGAAGGAAUCUUUGUCCUCAUAUACUGUACAUCUCUCUCUAUAUGUCCUCCUCAAAUGUUUCAGCUGAUUCUAGGUGGUUCGUUCCAACCAUGAUUUGAAGGAAUCUUUGUCCCCAUAUACUGUACAUCUCUCUAUAUAUGUCCUCAAAUGUUUCAGCUGAUUCUAGGUGGUUCGUUCCAGCCAUGAUUUGAAGGAAUCUUGAUCCCCAUAUACUGUACAUCUCUCUAUAUAUGUCCUCAAAUGUUUCAGCUGAUUCUAGGUGCUUCGUUCCAGCCAUGAUUUGAAGGAAUCUUGAUCCCCAUAUACUGUACAUCUCUCUCUAUAUGUCCGCAAAUGUUUCAGCUGAUUCUAGGUGGUUCGUUCCAGCCAUGAUUUGAAGGAAUCUUGAUCCCCAUAUACUGUACAUCUCUCUCUAUAUGUCCGCAAAUGUUUCAGCUGAUUCUAGGUGGUUUGUUCCAGCCAUGAUUUGAAGGAAUCUUGAUCCCCAUAUACUGUACAUCUCUCUCUCUAUAUAUAUCCUCCUCAAAUGUUUCAGCUGAUUAUAGGUGGUACUUAGGACACGCACACACAAAAAAAGAUAAUGGCUUGUUGCAAAUGGUAAAAUUGUAUUCUGUCAGGUCUUCUAGAAUGUUUUAUAAAAUCCACUAGCCAUGGUGUCAGUUAUUUAUAAAAUGUUCUAGCCACAAUUAAACAUUCACUAGCCCUACUGUACUUUACGUUAAUACAAUUUUACUAAUAAUAGUAAAAAUCAAAAUAUGUCACCUAAAGAGAGAGAGAUAGAGAUAGCUUAAAAACACUAACAUUAGGGGUGGGGACAGGAUACUCAUAGUUACAAAAUAGACAACUGCAAUAUUUGACUAAAAACAAUUCACUAGCCGUCGGGCAUGGCAAUAGUAGUUAUUUAUUAGCCCAAUAUUGAAUAUCACUAGCCAUGGGAGUGGGGCUACCGUAAUCUAGAAGGCGUGUCUGUAUGAGGAAAAUUGUCGUGCUCUUCAUGUCUACCGGUUCAGCCGGUGGAGACUAGAUUUAAUUUCCAUUCUUCUUUCUGUCCGUCUGCCUUUAUGUCCAUUUGUCUGUCCCACAUAUAGUUUUCCCGGUGUUUUUCACAAUGCCUCAAGAUAUUUAGCUGACAUUUUGCAUAUAGCUUUAACGUGUACCGUUACAGAUCAAGUUUAACUUUCAUGACGAUUUAUCCAGUUAUGUCCCUUGAACUUAGGAGAUAUAAAAAUAUGUUUUCCGGACUCUCUUUUUUUCUUUUCUUUUUUAAAUAAUGCAUCA